AUGAGAAACGUAUGUCAACGUUUCAACAGUAUCGUAGAUAGCUAUCAUCGAUACCAGACACUCAGCACACUAAAUCUAUGGGGAUUUCGAAUUCAAGAGGUUGUAGCAAAACAUUUGGGUAAUGUAUUAGAACACAACACAACACUCAUCAUAUUAAAUCUCUGGGGAUGUGAAAUCGGAGAUCUUGGAGCUCAAUAUUUGGGUGAUGCAUUACAACACAAUAUGACACUCACGACAUUGAAUCUCUACCAUAAUUCGAUUGGAGAUGUUGGUGCUCAACAUUUGGCCUAUGGAUUGCAGCACAAUACGACACUCACCACUCUAGAUCUCCGAGAAAAUCACAUCAGGGAUCUUGGAUCACAAUAUUUGGGUGAUGCGUUACAUUACAACACAACGCUCACUACAUUAGAUCUUGGAUCGAAUAAUAUCAAACAUAAUGGAGCACAAUAUUUGGGCGAUGCAUUGCAACACAAUAAAACGCUCACCGUACUAGAUCUCCGAAAUAAUCGCAUCGAAGAUCUUGGAGCACAAUAUUUGGGUAAUGCAUUACAACACAACACAAAUCUCACUACACUAAAUAUCUGCCGAAAUUCGAUUGGAGAUGUUGGUGCUCAACAUUUAGGUUGUGGAUUACAGCACAACAAGACACUGACCGCAUUAGAUCUUCAAGAAAAUCACAUCGGAGCUGUUGGAACACAACAUUUAAGUGAGGCAUUACAUUACAACACAACUCUUACCAUACUAGAUCUUUACUCUAAUUGCAUCGAACAUGUUGGAGCAAAACAUUUGGCUGAUAGUUUACGACACAACACGGCACUCACGAAACUGGACCUCGAAUCGAAUCACAUCGGAGAUGUUGGGGCACAAAACUUGGCUAAUGGAUUACGGCAUAACACAACGCUUGCCAUACUAGAUCUCUCGGAAAGUCAAAUCGGGAAGUCGGGAGCACAAUAUUUGGCCGAUGCAUUACAACACAACAAGAUACUCACCACUUUAAAUCUUUACUAUAAUUUGAUUGAAGAUGGUGGGGCACGACAUUUGGGCAAUACAUUACGACAUAACACGACCCUGACCACACUAGAUGUUGGCAUGAAUAAAAUCGGAGAUUUUGGAGCACAUUAUUUAGCUGAUGGAUUACGAUACAACACAGUAAUUCUCAUACUCUCUGUAUCUAUAUCAUGUCUUUACCUACACUUUUUCAUUUAG